AUGACUGAGGAAAUUACCCAUCAUACCAUCAAAGAUGGCUGGUUCCGCGAGAUCUCUGAGAUGUGGCCUGGCCAGGCUAUGAUUCUCAGAGUCAAGAAGGUCCUCCACCACGAGAAGAGCAAGUACCAAGAUGUGCUCAUCUUCGAGUCCACCGACUACGGCAGGGUCCUCGUCCUCGAUGAUGUUAUCCAGGCCACCGAGCGAGAUGAGUUCUCCUACCAGGAGAUGAUCACCCACCUUGCCAUGAACUCUCACCCCAACCCCAAGAAGGUUCUCGUCAUCGGUGGCGGUGACGGCGGUGUCCUUCGUGAGGUUGUCAAGCACGAGUGUGUCGAGGAGGCCAUCCUCUGCGACAUUGACGAGGCCGUCGUCCGCCUUUCCAAGCAAUACCUCCCUGGAAUGUCUGUCGGCUUUGACCACCCCAAGUCCAAGGUCCACAUCGGCGACGGCUUCAAGUUCCUCGAGGAGUACAAGAACGCUUUUGACGUCAUCAUCACCGACUCCUCCGACCCCGAGGGCCCCGCCGAGAGCCUCUUCCAGAAGCCCUACUUCCAGCUUCUUCAUGACGCCCUCCGCCCCGGAGGCGUCAUCACCACCCAAGGUUCUGAGAACCAGUGGCUUCACCUCCCCCUGAUUGCCAAGCUCAAGAAGGACUGCAAGGAGGUCUUCCCCGUCGCCGAGUACGCCUACACCAGCAUCCCCACCUACCCCUCAGGUCAGAUCGGCUUCAUGGUCUGCUGCAAGGACCCCGAGCGCAACCUCAGGGUGCCCCUUCGCAAGUGGACCCCCGAGGAGGAGAUGAAGCUCUGCCGAUACUACAGCGCCGAGAUGCACGAGGCUUCGUUCGUUCUUCCUAACUUUGCUAAGAAGGCUCUUGACGUAUAA